AUGGAGGGCUUCGCUUUGCGUGAAGGAGUGGUCGACACUUUUAACUUCUAUCCGACAGCCGAGAUGUGCGUUGCGAACAUAGUCAAGAUCGCAGCACGCAAGCUAGAGAAGUGGAUCUCUGAGCCGGUGCCACCCAUCGAUGAGCAACGGCCGCAGAAGCGCUGCAAGACGAAGGCCAGCAGCAGCAUCAAGAGGGGCUCGAUGGAUGCGAUUGCCGAGAACAGGCCUUUGAUGGUCUACGACCCCGAGGGUCCUGUCGUCAAAUACCUCACGCAGACGAUUCCGUUGGUCAAGGUCGAGAUACCGAAUGCGACAGAAGCCGCAGCGGGCAAACGACUUGUGCUGAACAAUCGCAGCGAUGCAAAGUUCCAAAUUCCCAAGUACGUCUUGGAGGGCAGCUUGCCUCUGGGCUGGAAGAUCACGUUGAUGGACACGAAGGUCAAGCUGGCUGUGCACUACUUGGACGAUUCCCAGGAUUCAUCUGCAGGACCUUGGCGGUUCUACUACUUGAUGGACCCAUCCAUCGGCAAGGCCGUGCAAAAGGCUCUGGGCCGCAACACUGUGCCCAAGAAGGACAUCCAUCCGGAUUCGUUCCUUUGUUCGGAGGCCAGCUUCACCCAUCUGCCCGAGGACAUUGAGAAUGUACAGGCAUGCCCUUUGACGGAGUACUGGAUUUGCCAAUGUGACAGCAAUCCGAAGACGAAGAAGAUGACCGUCAAGGUGACGUUGGAGACGACCUUUCAGCAAAGCCUCAAGGAGGCGAAGGUGGCCCACAUGGAGCGCAAGAUCCGCCGCAAGCAGCAGCAGCUUCGGGUGCUGGAGCAGCGCUGCGAGGGCUUGAAAGAGGGCUAUGCUGAGGGUGAGGGCAUGAAGUUUCCAUCAAGCAGUGCUUAUCAGGGUCCCAAUGACAGGGAGGCCUCGACAUCAUCGUCGGAUGCCGAGUAG